AUGCACUUGGUCACAAAGAGAAUCCGACAAAGUGCUCAGGAAGCUUAUAAGUCGACGGAAAGAAUCAAGAUGAUUUGUUUAUUUAUGAUCGCAGUUGUCCUAGCUGUUUGUAAUGCCCAACCUAAACGUGCAGAUAAACUUAGUCUCAAAGGAGGUGCAGUCGAUGCAAUUAACAAUAUUCAAGUUCCUCUCGUCGAAAAGAUGAGUUUUCCUGUUGGUACCAAUGGUGGAAACCCAGGCAAUCAGCCAUUAGUUGCUAAAUCGAGUUACCCGGAUACGUAUUCUGACGCUAUGAUACGAGCGUUGGCUUUCAUGGCGGAAGGGAAUGUUGCUUUAGAACAAGAUGAUAAUGGUACUCCCAAUAAUCCGUUUGAUGAUUUGUACGUCAUGAUCAGUGAAUUAGGCGAACGGGUAAAUCUAUCUUACAAUGAAAUCAUCAUGAUCCGUGAUGUUAACCACAGAUUAAACUCUAUAUUUGAAACCACACCAGGAUCUGUAACCCCGGCAAUCACUACAGUGAUUCGAGGUGCAUCAAACAGUGGUCAACAGAGGGUCCUCAGCGCAAAUUCCAGAUCAAUGAGCUUCAACAUAGGACAGUCGAGAUCUGGUAACUCGGAAGUUGGAACUGCACAAAUUGGUUACAUACCUAGUAGAAAAGUUGGACAAUCAGUAACACGUAAUGCCUUUGCGGCAAAUAUGCAGUUUGGAUCGGGAAAUACUGCCAGAAAUAUGCAAUUUGGAUCGGGAAAUACUGCCAGAAAUAUGCAAUUUGGAUCGGGAAAUAGUGCUAGAAAUAUGCAAUUUGGAUCGGGAAAUAGUGGUGUGAAUGUUGGUGGUUUGAAUGCUUUUCAGCAACAACAGAUGUACAAAAUGCAGAUGAUUCAACGACUGCAGGCGAUGCGAUACGGAAUGCUCUCAAGAAUGUUUUUGAGACCAAUGAUUCAUCCUGUAUAUCUUCGCCGAUUUCCAUUUUAA